UAUAGCGCUGUUACUUGCUUUCAUAUUGAUGUCUUAUCUUGUAAGUAUAAUUCCGUGUUUCUUAAGCUUCAGUAUUAUCCCGGUAUCCCGUUAACCACCGUGUUAUUCCCGGUCUUAUCCCGGAGCGCGCGGCCGCGUCCCGCCAUAACUUAGGUUAUGUUUCAAACAGAUAUUUGCCGCCAUAAUUGUGCAAUUUAAAAAUUUGUGAAUCCGUGGUUGUUUUUUUUUCGAUGCCUCAACAUCGCCACGCGUGUUGAUCCGCGGGGAAAGUUUAUUUUUGUAAUAAUAGCAAAGCCACAUGCGCGAAACAGCUCAGAAAACACCACAUGUCAAUUACGAGCACCUCUCAAUAGAGUAUACUGAACUUUUGUAGGUAAAUGAACUCAGAGACAUGGCAGAUUAUGAUAUCAUACCGUGCUACGAAGAUGAAGAUGUGUUUCACGCAAAAAACGAGGAUGUUAACACUCUACACGCGUACUACAUGGCGCAGUUCAAUCUAGAACUUGAAGGCAACGGUAAAAGCAAGGGAAAACACGAUAACUUUAAGUACGGGACUGAAGAGAGUUUCGAUUUUGAAGCAUUAGAUGGCUGGGAUAACAAUGCGCCCGCAACUAAUGUCAGCGGAGCAGAUUUCGAAAUUAUCAAUGAAGUAAUAGACAGUAAUAUCAAUGAACAGAACAUUAAAGAGGUCCUCUUAGAUUUAGACAGUAUAGACUUUGAAGAUAAAAGCAACGGUAACUAUGAUAUCGCUGUAAGCGAAAACCAAAAUGGAUACGGUGCUAAUAAUGAUUAUAUUGAUGACGAAUCACUAAUUGACGAGCUUUGUAGAGAAGACAACGAGUCAUACGGUUUGUCACCGGAUUUCAAUGAAGAAUAUUUAGCUCCGAUUAACAAGGAGAAGAGUCAACUUCCUUCAAUAGAGACAUUUGCAAAACGCUAUUGUAACUACAACAUUGAGGAAAACAACUUGCAAGACUUCAAUUUGAACACGGAUUUCUCUCAGGGAAGCUUCGCUGUUAACAAUAUAGAUCAUUACAGCUAUCCGAAUAAUAUAUUGUAUAAUUUAAACAAUGAAAACAAGUAUGUCCUACCGGACACGCCGACCAGUUGCAGUGAAUUCAAUUUUGAAAGAAAGAAUUCUGUUUCUGAAUCCAUUGGGAGUGACAUUCAAAGCUCGUGUUACUACGAUGAGAAUUCAGAAAAUUUCGACGAUGAAGACUUGUUCGUGAAUUUGGAUAGCUUCGGACUGACACUGGAAAGGGAAAAUGAAAACGUGGAAAAUAAAAAUCAUCAAAGCUCGAAGAAACUUGAAAAGGAUAAGUCGCCAGGUGAAAGGAUUUGCCUAUGGGAACAGUGCUACGAGAGAUAUUCAAAUCAAAACACACUAGUUGAACACAUCGAGAGAUCUCACGUCAACACUUAUAAAGGAGACGAGUUUAGUUGCUUAUGGCGCGAGUGUGCCCGGUCCAGGCGGCCCUUCAACGCCCGCUACAAGCUCCUCAUUCACAUGCGCGUUCACUCUGGACACAAGCCGAACAGAUGUCAUCACCCGGGCUGCGGGAAGGCCUUCUCCCGUCUGGAGAACCUGAAGAUCCACGUGCGGUCCCACACGGGCGAGCGGCCCUACGCCUGCCCGGCGCCGCACUGCAGGAAGGCCUUCUCUAACUCCUCGGAUCGAGCGAAACAUCAGCGGACCCAUUUUAACGCUCGACCUUACGCCUGCGGCGCGGCUGGGUGCGGUAAACGCUACACCGAUCCGUCAUCGUUGAGGAAGCACAUCAAAUCUCAUCCUCACAUCACCAACGUGCCGAGGACCUGCAUUCCGGCAUCGCGUCCCAUCAGGAGACACGACCGGGAGCAGCUGGUUCCGAGCUCCCCGGCGAAGCUGACGACGCUCAGAUGUAUCAGGGAUAAGUUGACCGUACCCAGGUUGCAGCGACUGUAGUGAUUUCACAAAUUGACAUUUCAAGAUAUCUUUGGAUAAUUAUUAUUUUUCUUCAUCGCAAAGUUUAGUUCCGGGGCUCAUCCGGGAAUCUGCUUCCAUAUAAGGUCGUUGUUUCGCGCGACAUCUCUGACACUUAAAUGUCUUACAUUGCGUGCUCUGUAAAAUUUUAUUUUUUGAUAACACUCUUGUGUCAGUCAUCACGCGUAACGCAAUUAAAACAAAUUGAGACUAUUCAAAAUCUGAAGGCGAUGAUUAACUUCGGGCUUGAGAAUUAAAGGAGCUUUAGAUAUAGGUUUAUAAAUUGAAUAUUUUUGAUAAAAAUGUGUACUUGUACGAUAAUGUUUUUAGCUCAAGAUUGAAGACUGAAGUGAAAAUCUGGCUCAAUUCUUUUAUAUUUUUAUUGCAUUGUUUUUUUUCUGUGUUUUAAACACAAUCGUAGGCUAUUCUUAGUUUUAAUGUGUAAAUAAUUGAAAAUUGAUUGUUAAUUUCGACUAUAAUUAUAACACUAGUUGUAAGUUAUAUUUGAAGACUUUAAAAUGGUCGUCAAUAAAUUUACUAUAAUUGGUCAUAAAAUAUAAGCUUAAUUGCUUAGUUCCUUUCAAUAUAAUUUGAAAACCAAUGUCAAUGCCAAAGACAAAAAAAAAAUGUAUAUUUAAAUUUAGAAGACAACAUUCGUAAUCAUCAUCAUUAUUAUUUCAUCAUUUCAAUCUUCCAAGAAAACUGUGCGGUAUUGUUACCCUUUGAAAUUAUGAAAUGAUUAAAAUAAAAAAAUGUUUAUGGCCUCUUAGUAUCUAUCGUAGUUUAAAUUAACAUCGAAUGUUUAAACUAAAAGAUGAACUCGUAAUUUCAAUUAUAUUUAAACUCUCCUUUGGAGCUUAAACUACAUAUCUCAAAGUUUAAAUGGUUACAAAGGAGCGAUUAAACUUUGGUUGGUUUUAAACUGUUAUUUUCAAAAUGGCCGCCGGAAAUUAACAGCUAUUGUUUUGUGUCAAACUCAGUAAAUAGAGUAAGUAAUAUUUAUAAACUAAUGUCCAAAACUGCAUUGUGCAAGGCUCACUUAAAUAAAAACAAACAAACUGUUGAAUUCUUUGGCUAGUUUGGACCAAAAUUUUUUUUAUUGCCUAAAUGGGUGGACGUGCUCACAGCGCACCUGGUGUUAAGUGGUUACUGGAGCCCAUAGGCAUCUACAACGUAAAUGCGCCACCCACCUUGAGAUAUAAGUUCUAAGGUCUUAAUUAUAGUUACAACGGCUGCCCCACCCUUCAAACCGAAACGCAUUACUGCUUCACGGCAGAAAUAGGCAGGGCGGUGGUACCUACCCGCGCGGAUUCACAAGAGGUCCUGCCGCCAGUAAUUACGCAAAUUAGACGCUCCUUCAUCUGAUUAUUUACAAGAACACAGUUUAAACCAUGAUUGUUAAUAGGGGCCUAUAUCGCAAGACAAGUGUUUAAUCAUGUAUUUGUUUAAUCAUCGUUUUACUUAAUCAGCCUACACUCGGAAGGUACAAAUGAGACAGUUAAAAUUUAUUUUUUUCUCUCACUGGCUUAGUUUUCUUUUAUUCUCUCUACGGGACCAAAGAUUUUAAUUUUAAUUUAUAAGACGACAAUACACCUAUAUUUGCUCAAUUAUUAUUAAGUGUUUGUAUUUGUAUAAAUGAAAGGGAUAUAGAAACGGAAUUUUUAAAUGUGUAUCUUCAAGUUUGAACUAUGAGAAGAACGAUACUGAAGUAGCGUUCAAAAUCACGUACGGUUAUCCGACCCGAAAUUGGGAUAGCCUGUGUUAUGGGUACCAGAGACUGACAUACAUACUUAUAUACGUUUAAAUAUAUAUAUACCUUUGAACGAGAAAUUCUUGUCUAUAUAUUAUAUAUAAUCUGAUUCUCGGAAACGGCUCCAACGAUUUUCAUAAAAGCUAGUAUACAGGGGAUUUCGGGGGCGAUAAAUCGAUCUAGCUACGAUUUAUUUUCAGAAAAUGUUGUUUUAUUCGUGUUUUCAAUAAUCAACUUUAUCGAUAAUCAACUUUAUGACUCUUCCCGACAUCUAUUGGCGAAUAAUAAUACUAUUUUUACUGCCUUAAACACACAACAAGAUGGCGUUAUAAACAAAAAAAAUUAGAGAUAUUUAUAAACUAAUGUCCCAAACUGCAUUGUGCAAGGCUCACUUAAAUAAAAACAAACAAACUGUUGAAUUCUUUGGCUAGUUUGGAACAAAAAAAAAUUUAUUGCUUAGAUGGGUGGACGAGUUCACAGCCCACUGUGGUGUUAAACUAUAUACAUACACAAUUACACACAUUUUUUCUUAUUUUCACAAUUUUAUCUUACUUUAAAAUACAGAUUAUGUAUCUGGUAAAAAAUUUAAAAAUAAGUGUUGCAAACAUGAUUAUGUAAUAUUAAAAAUAUCACAUGUUAAACCUUUAAAACACUCCCCUGUAAAAUUAGUAAGUUUUGAGAUUAUACAGUUUUGAUGCGAGACGACGACAUGUUCAUCACACGUACGUUUGCCCGAUGUGGGAAUCGAAUCCACGACCCUCGACGCAGUAGUUAGGGCCGCUAACUACCACGGUAUCAGUCAUGUCGGUCAGUGGAUGUCCUUAAUGAAUUUUAUUUGUGUUCUACGCAUCAUAUUAUUAAUCGGAUCCCAGUUAUUGAUUCCGUUUCUCUUAUCCCAAUUACUUAAAUGUAAAAUAUUAUUUUGUUUUUAGUAUAACAAUGUACAAAUGCAUGCUUUCCAAAGUAUCUCGUAUUAGGGACCAUAGUUUUUAAGACAAUUUCCAUUAUAAAACUGAGAUCUCUGUUUUUGCUCAUAAUGUGUUUUGACACGUUUGUUUAUUCGUAAGUAAUGUGUUUUCGACGGAAACGUUCGAUAUAAAUUUAAUUAAAUUUAAAUAAAACUUUGUUUCUUAUUUA